AUGCGACAAGGAAAGGGACACGUGCCAGGCUGCCGCCAGAGAACAAUGAGCAUACCUUGCAUCUUGCUCCUGUGCUUCCUCUCUGUCCGGACACUUGGGUAUAAGACUGGGGACAACGUUACCAUGUAUGUCAAUAAAGUGGGUCCUUAUCAUAACCCCCAGGAGACGUAUCACUUCUACACCUUGCCUGUUUGCAGGCCAGACAAGGUGCAUCACAAGUCCCUGAGCCUGGGAGAAGUUCUGGAUGGCGACAGAAUGGCCGAAUCAUUGUAUCAAAUUCGCUUCAGAGAGAAUGUUGAGAAGAAAACUCUUUGCCAGCUCCCGCUUUCAGAAAAACAGGUGAACCAGCUGCGCGAGGCCAUCGAGGAGCUGUACUACUUUGAAUUUGUGCUGGAUGAUAUUCCAAUCUGGGGUUUUGUUGGAUACAUCGAGGAGAGCGGGUUCCUGCCUCAUAGCCACAAGGUGGGUCUGUGGACUCAUCUGGAUUUCAACAUCGAGUACAACGGCGACUCUGUCAUCUUCGCCAACGUCUCUGUGAAGGACGUCAAACCUGUUCCCUUGGAGGAGGGUGGCGGAGGAGCCUUAGGUGGCGUGGGGGUGGGUGGCGGCAGCCUGACGGUCAUUCAUACAUACAGCGUGCGCUGGUUCGAGUCUCCCCUGACUCACGCCCGGCGAGCCGAGCGCCUGAGGGACUACUCGUUCUUCCCCAAAACGCUUGAGAUCCACUGGCUGUCCAUCAUCAACUCGCUGGUGCUCGUGGUGCUGCUGCUGGGCUUUGUCAUUAUCAUCCUCAUGCGGGUUCUUAAGAACGACUUUGCCAGGUAUAAUGUGGAGGAGGAUGCAGGCUGUGAUGACCUGGACCAAGGAGACAACGGCUGGAAGAUCAUUCACACCGACGUCUUUCGGUUUCCUCCUUACAAAAGCCUGCUGUGCGCCGUACUUGGCGUGGGCGCCCAGUUCCUUACCCUUUCCACAGGAAUUAUAAUCAUGGCACUCCUGGGAAUGUUUAACGUGCACCACCACGGUGCCAUCAACUCUGCGGCCAUCGUCUUGUACGCUCUGACCAGCUGUGUGUCGGGUUACAUUUCAUGCAGCUUUUACACGCAAAUAAACGGCAAGCGUUGGGUGUGGAACAUCAUCUUGACGUCAACUCUCUUUUCCGCUCCUCUGUUCUUGACAUGGAGCAUCGUCAACUCGGUCCACUGGUGGAGCGGUUCCACACAGGCCUUACCAGCAACCACUGUGCUCCUCCUGCUGGGCGCCUGGGUGUUGGUGGGCUUCCCGCUCACCGUCAUCGGCGGGAUCGUCGGCAAAAACCGAGCGGGCGGUUUCCAAGCGCCCUGCCGCACGCGGAACAUUGCCCGGCAGAUCCCGACACAGCCGUGGUACAAGCAUACUGCUGUGCACAUGGGCAUCGGUGGCUUCUUGCCGUUCAGUGCCAUCUCAGUGGAGCUGUACUACAUCUUCGCUACAGUGUGGGGCAGGGAACACUACACGCUCUACGGCAUCCUACUGUGCGUUUUCGCCAUCCUCCUUUCAGUGGGCGCCUGCAUCUCGGUGGCCCUCACCUACUUCCUGUUGUCCGGAGAGGACUACCGCUGGUGGUGGCGGAGCGUGCUGAGCACGGGCUCGACGGGCAUCUUCAUCUUCAUUUAUUCCGUGUUCUACUACAGGAACAGGUCCUCCAUGAGCGGCCUGGUACAGAGUACGGAAUUCUUCGGCUACUCUCUGCUCACGGCACUAGUCUUCUCACUCAUGUUGGGCAGCGUGUCCUUCUGGGCCUCGCUAGCUUUUAUUCGCUACAUCUACCGCAGUCUUAAAAUGGACUAA